UAAUACGCGGUUUUUACACCAAGAGCGCUGAUGGAAUUACUUUCCAAAACAUUUUUUUUAUAUUUUUAUUUAAUUUUAUAUAAAACACUUCUAUAAAGAAGUAAUUAAACAUUCAGAAUUGUUUUUAAAACAGGGAAUAAGUCUAAGCAAUUCCAUUUUAUCUUCGAUCAAUGCUGUGAAGUUGAAUAAUUUUCUUCAGGAGAGACCUUUCUCUUUUGGAGGUUAUGUUUAUUGUUUUUAUUGGAAAAAGUUUUCUGGAUUUGAAUUUCACGAAAAUCCGUGGUACUUGAAAUGGAUGGAACAGUGAAGGAGGGAAUUAACAAGAAUAAUGAUAAGAACAAGAUAGAUAAAGCUGCACAGGACGCAAAUAGCACGGUUCAGGACAAUCUAUCACAAUCCUAUUCCGGUUCAAUGAGUGAGAGUAUAAUUGGAUAUAGAAGUGAUGAGAAGGCCGUGGAGUUCUUUGAGAAUCUAGAGGCAAAGCAUCAUAGUGUUCUUCCGGAAUACCUUAAAAAUCUGAUUUUUCUCAAUGGUUUCGGAUCAUUUGAGACCUUUGGGAGUAUCCAGGAGGAGGAUUUGCCGGAAAUGGAGAGAAUGUGUCGAGAGGAAAUGUCACAAUAUUGUCCUCAUACUUCGGAAUACUUUUGCUUUUUCUCGUCCUGCAUUCAGCAUUUUAAGAUUCCCAUUGGGCAUCGUAAGCAGCUUUUCAGGCUCAUUUGUAGCCCUAGGGAAGAUGUUGAAGACUCUACUGAAGAAACAGUGGAGCAGAAGAUGCCUCAGAGACAUUCUCAGGAAUCCCAAGAUCCUCUGCUUUUACCACUUUUAGUGUCUAACAUUGAUUGUGCAGAGAUGGCAAACAAAAUCAAACAAUCCAUUUAUGGCCUACUUGAGAAGACAAAUCUGCAGAAUUGCCUGGACCAGGAACUUCAGGUCAAUGUCCAUUUGGAAGAGAAUGACGUGGUGUCGAGUGUUUACUGUACCAUCUGCAGCAAAUUCAUCAAAUUGAGCCGGGAUCGUCGAAGAGGUCGCAAAACUGGCAUUCCUUUAAUCUCUGUAUCAAACUUCGUGGGGCAUAUCAAGAGACAUCAUCAGAACAACGAAAUAGGGAUCCUCCGGGAGGAAGAUUCGACCAGUUCCGAUGCAGACCGGAAGCGCCGGAGAGUAAACAAAGAUGAAACGAUUGAUUUUGUGGAUGUAAAGAAUGAAUCUGAGGAAUGGUGAAGCAAUAACUUUGUCCUAAAAUUUUUUUUUAUGAAAAGUAAAAGAAAAAUUGUGACUUUGAUAGAUGGAAAUCUUACAAUAGAGCCUUAUUUUUAUUAUAAAAAAUAAUUUACAAUUUUUUUUGUAGUUUUGUGUAUCUGUUUUUCAAUUUAAUAUUUUUUUUUAAAUCCCACCUAAACAACAAUUUACGUGUAUUUUUUUCUUCUCUUUAAACUCCAAAUAUUUUCCAACAUGAUGCAUGUGUACAAAACUGGAUUCACAAUAUUUUUUUUCUUUUGUGUUUUAAAAGCAUAAAAUUGUAAAAAUGAAUGUUUCUUUUUAUCUCGGUAAAAAAGCAAAAAAAAAACUAGUCAAUUUUUUUCUUCGCUAAAA